CAGGAGGAGGAGAAGGUUCUACGCAAUGAAAUCGUGCACUUGGAGGCCCAAGUGAGUGCACUGAAGACCCAAGAGGUAUCCGCACGAGAAGGAAUACCAGUCGACCUGCUGCAAGUCCAAGGGGAGACUAAACUGUUGGGAGACUUGGUCAGGAACCAGAAAUUGGGCGUUGCAGCGGCCCAGUCACUCAUGCUGGAGUGCUCGAGGACCCACUAUUCUCACCCGCUAUGCUCCCGCAUCUGCCUCAAGAAGGACUGGGGCGAGCGAAGAGCUACGCUUUUAGCUAUUUGGGACGAAAAGCUGCUGAAUGCCUACAACUACGUCGUAACACGCAGCCACCACAUGGCCGACGGCGCUGACCGCGAGUCCAACGAAAAGUUUGAGACUGACGACGGUGAUGUUUGCUUCGAAGGCAUCGCGGUGAUUCAUUUUCCUGGCGUCAAGUCCUUGCGACAAGUGUAUGAAGCACUCUGCUUCUAUUUGAACAACAUGGAGAUCAGCAUCUCGGAGCGCCUGGGGCAUAUUACUGUUAGGGACGACUACGAUGUUAUCGACGGAGCAGCGUUCAACUCGCGCAUCACUUCGAGCGACGAAAAUGGGAUCACAACCGAAUCCAAAACGAUUGGCUUGAUGCAGCUCUUUGAAAACGGGGACCCGCGGUUUGGAGGCGAACCUUGCGCCAUUGUGACCUCCGACUGUGUCGACGAAGACGAGCUCUAUCCCUAUCGCUCGUCGAGUCAUGUUCGCAAAGACAUUUCUGGUGCCAUCUUGCUGACAACAAGCAGGCAGAAGACCCAAGGCGCGGGCGGGGCUGGUUCAGAAGGAGGCUCAACGGCUACCCAUAACGACGAUAUUGUCGUCACGAUGCGGCGUACAGGCAUACUCAAGCUGCAUCGCCCUGGAUUCCCCAUGCCACCUCUCGCACAACAAGAAAUGGAGGACGGCAUCGCGGACUGGGGUAAUGUCAUGAUCAAGACCAUGCGCGAGGUACUGUACAGUACUCCUAAAACAGCGAGUGAGAACUAA